CUAGUAGUGUCAAAUAAAUGUCACACCGACAAAAAAUUUGGAUUCGAUUUUUGUACCAUAGUUUUGGAAAAAUAAUGCACCAUUUAGUCCAAUACGAAUUAGUUUAGCAUUUUCAGUAAAUUGUUUGUAUACAUCACUAUGGAGGACGUUCUUGAUGAAGUUGUAUCUUCGGAAGAUUUGCAAAAGUUCGAGAAAGUGUUUCAUGAACAACUGCAUCAGGGUAAAGUGACGCAUAAGGCGCAGUUUGAGUACGCGUGGUGCCUGGUGCGCAGCAGAUACCCCACCGACAUCAGGAAGGGUAUUCUGUUACUGAAAGAGCUAUUUAACUCGCAUCCGGAUGGCAAACGAGACUACCUGUUCUACCUUGCCAUUGGCAACGCAAGAAUCAAGGAGUACAACAAGGCCCUGCACUAUGUUAAGUCAUUCCUUGAAAUUGAACCAGCGAACCAACAAGUUUUGGCAUUAGAGCGGCAGAUCAACAAACGCAUGGAGAAGGAGGGUCUGAUCGGCAUGGCGGUGGCGGGCGGCGCCGUGUUGGCGCUGGGAGGUCUCGUGGGGCUCGGCAUCGCGCUCGCAUCCAGCAAAAAAUAGCAUUUGGCCUUCCUUGUGAACGCACUCAUAGGCGUUCAUUGCUUCCUCAAAAAGAAGAAAGACACCAAACCAGAGUAGAGGGCGCCACUGUCGCAACAUCACACGUCACACAGCUUUCAGUGUGCAUUAGAAUAGACUUUUUAUUGUACAAAUAUCACUUAA